AUGGCAGCCUUUCCCGCCGCCCUGCCGGGUGUUUGUGGCUUCUCUUCGUUGCCUUGGGCAGCAGAGUGUUUCGAUCGCUUCUUCGCUCAAUUUGGCCACAUCGGCUCGAGCAAUGCACGACUUGAACGCUCCACUAUAUACGCAAUACGGUAG